AUGUACUACACUAUAGUUCAGACUACAGAUUGAAUUAUAAUUUACACUAUAGAUAAUACCGAGCAUUAUGUAACGGUAUUUACGAUUUUAACAUUUUUUUCAUGUUCCGUUUCCACAAAGAAAAAGCUUUAAAUAUUAAAGUUAUCCACACGAACGUUAUUAAGUUUAUUUUAACUUAAUAACGCUAUUUUUGUGCGAUAUAAAGCUUUAUUCAUUUAAAAAGCUUGCACACAAAAUAACUUCAAUUCCAAUACAUUCCCUCAUAGCAGUAAAUAUGACGACGUUAACAUUGGGUGUAAAUGAGAGAGCGUAAAGUAAAGGUAGUUAGGUGCGAUUUAGUAACAGGCGUGUUAAGUUGUGGAUGAUUACUAGUGGCGCGUGCACGUACGUUCGUUCGGUCGGUCUUUUUUUGAGACGCGUUUGUCAUUUUGUGUUUGAAUACAAAACAUGACUAAAACUUACGUAGGCUUUUUUCUUAUUGUUGUUGUUAAUGUUAAGUUGUCAAAAGAGUGAAGUUUGAAGUAAAUAAAUGAAGUUUGUAAUCAAAGAAAGAAAAAGGUAACAAAAUAUUGAAAAGAAUGUAAAAAUAUUAUAAAAAAAAGUAUUAAAAAUUUGUUAGUAGCGCAGCGCGUGUGUAGCCAGCCAUAUUUAAAGUUUGUUUAAAAAAAUAUAUAAAUAAUUAAGCUUACAACAAGAUAAAUUAAAUUUGUGUUUUAGAAAGUUCUGUUUUUUAAGAAAAUAAGUGUUAAGUGUAAAAUAAUGAUAAAUACAAAAAGUAAAAUAAAAUAUUUUGCAAUUUGUUACAAUUGAGUGAAUUUUUUCAAAACUUGCAUGAUUUCAUUUUAAAGAAAUGAAGAAAAAUAUUGGUUGAGUGGUUAAACAACAACAAAAAAAGAAGAGGCUUCUUUAGACUGGAAUUACAUUAAAGUUAAAAAAGUGCAUAAAUUAACAAGUUUGGUAAAAAAAUGUAUGUAUUGAGGGGGGCCUGAUAAAAUUUUCCUGGUUUUGUAAAAAAAUUUAUCUAUAUACACGAAAAAUUACAACAACGCGGCUUUUAAAACUCACCUAUACUUGGCAACUUAUAAAAAGUAUAAAAAUAGAAAACAAAAACAACAAGAUAAAAAAUAACUUGGCUUUAAUAAAAAAAAUACGUAUAAAAGAGUAAGAAAAGCAAAAAAAAUAAAAAAUAAGCAAGAAGCUUCUGCUCCUCUUAAUACAACCCAGAGUUUAAAAUACCUAAAGUUCUGUUGUAGUAUUACUCAGAGAUUAAAUAUUUUUACACAAAAAAAAUUCCCACACACCUUUUUUUCCCAACACUCAAAUACAAACAAACAUGCUCUAAAAUUGUGUUUACUAAAACCCGGUUUAAAAUUAUUUAACAUAAACAAUUGUUUUAAAUACGAAAAAAAAUUAACAAAGUGAGAAAUUCAGAGAGUUUAUAAAAUGAGUGUGUAAGCUUUAUACAAACAAACCAAAAGCUUAUUGCUUGGAAACGAGUGAUAAAAAUGAAACAUAUCUAGCGGUUUGUUAUGACAGCAACAGGUGGUAGUGAAACAUUACUAAUACUGCAAUAAAGAAAAAUCAUCAACAAAACUACGCUCUCCACAUACACAGUCAUUUGCAACUUAAGUAAAUAUUGUUGCUCUUUUUGCAUGAUCAUCAGCUAAGUGGGAUUCGGAUUCAUCUUUGAGAUUAUUUGGAAAAAUAUUACAGAUCACAAUAAACGACUAAAAUCGAAACUAAUUACGACUUGAUACCAAAUUAUUGGCUAUUGAUCUCUUUCUAACGUUAUAUUUUAUUGGAUAUUAUAAGUUGUUGCUGUUUUCUGUUGGACCUGUUAUUAAAAACAGAUUUUCCAGUUUCUGAUUUGUUUUUGGAGGCUUUGUUUUACUACUAUGCUGAUCAUUAAAAAAUGGCCAAAUCGAAAAUUGCUCUUUAUGCUGCUGGCGUAACUUGUUUGGGUUUUAUAUGUUUUGCUUUAGCUUCGGCCGCUAUUGGUAUACCUAUUUGGGGUUAUUAUAGCUCACCCUCGGGCGGUUAUGACUACGAUAAUGGUUAUUUUGGUCCCUUUAAGGUCUGCAAACAGUUAGCCUAUAAUAGGGAGAAAUGUGGCAGUGAUGUUUCGAAAUUUAGAUUAUCAUCUGCCAUUUUUAUUAGCGGCAUAUUUGCCAUUUUAAGUUCAACUGCCUUUGGUUUAUUUUGCAUUUUGUCCGUUAUACAAAUUGCCAUGAUUUCAUCGCGAGAAAAAGUGGUCAUGUCGUAUACAUCGCUGGUAAUGACCAAAAUGGUUUUAGCCUUAGUAGGAGGUAUAUUGGCUCUGGUGGCCACUGUUAUGUUUGCUGUACAAAUCGAUGAAUCUGAAAAAUAUGGUUUCCGUGUAUCACGAGGAAUAUCGUUUUAUUUACAGAUUGUUGUUAUUAUCUUAAGUAUACCUUUAUUCGUAUUGGCUUUAUACGAUGUUUUAUAUUCCAAGAAGCCUGGUGGUGAUCCCACCAUGAUGAUAGAUGCUGCCUCACCAUCAUCAGCUACAACGAUAAAUAAUCCAGGCUUUAAAGAACCCAGAACUAAAAAUGGUAUUUCUGUGACCGAUGCCUCGGGCAAACCAUAUGCUGGCAUACGCAAUGGCUCGGGCAGUGUGGCCUCUAUGAGUACCAUGGUCACUAGUGUUUCGAAUGGAUCGACAGUAGAAUCUGUUACACGCUCACCUUUAAGAUCUAGUUUAAAGAAACCUAGACCAAGACCAGAAAACGCCUUGGGUAUACAAAAUCCCGGCUACUCAGGGUCAGGUAACUCACCACCCAUGCGACGUAAUGGUAGUGUUAAGAAAGUGCGCAUACAAACACACAGCACAGAAGUUUAGAGGAAAGGGAAAUCUUAAUUUUGAUUUCAGAAAAGAAAAACAAAGACUGUGUACAGAUGAAGCUCUUCACUUGUUUUCUAAAAAAUAGGAAAAGGAAAAUUUUGAACUUUUCCUUAAUUAAGGCAUAAUGUGUAAAGUAUUUUGUUCUUUUUUUUAGGUUUUUUUUUUUAUAAGUUGUCUUCCAAUUAGUAAAAGUUUUCUUUUGCAAAGGCUUCACAAAUUUAACAUCACAGAUUUUAGUAAAAAAACAGCAUUAAAUUUAAAAAAAAAAAAAACGUUUAAAAAAAGUAUUUAAAUCCGUCCUUUAAACAGAAAGAUCUAAUUUUUA